AUGAAUGCCUGGCUCUCCGACGUCGCGACUGCGAACAUCCCUACCCACGAUAAUGGCGCCUUCACCAAUAAUCCUACCAUCGACCCGACGAUGGCUUUCCUUCAUCAAUCCCCUACCUCUGCCGAUCCUGCCCAGUUCCAACGUAUGUUCAAUAAUGGCGGCCCCCAGGCUAUGUCACCUGGCUUCCACAACCCAAACUCGGUGAUCCCUUCGAAAAGACCGCGCCCCGAUGAUGGGAUGUCCAUGUCUCCUAGGCCUGCACCAGGUGGCUUGCCAAAUUCUCGUUCGCAUACUCCUCAAGUGCCAUAUCCCGGUUACCAGGGUCCACAGAUCAAUGGCGGCGCAUCGCAAUUUCCUCAACCCCAACAUGCGCCAACACCUUAUCAACAUCUUCAACAAGGAGGCUCUGCCAAUGCCAGCCCCUCCCCCAUCCCUGCGGACUUCGAUCAGCAAGCCGUGCCACGGGUGCAAACUGCGUCUCCUAGCCCGUUUUCGCCCGCCGGAAUGCAUGUCGGUCCGCAAAUCUCUCCUUCCCACUCAGAUCAUGGCAGCCGCGUCAAUACUCCACAGAGUAGCACGUUCCCGCAGGGUCAGCCUUACGGCCAGGCUGUAGGGUCACACUUCUCGCCAUCACCGGCAAUGACGUCUGCUGGCAUUCAUCCGGCAAUGCAGGCACAAUUCAACCAAAACAAUGCUGCCCAUCUCCCGCAAGGAUUUCCUCAACAACAAAUGUCUUCACAACAACGCCUUUACCAAAUGCAGCUCCAGAACCAAGCGCGCCAGAUGCAGGCGGCCGCCUCUCCUUCAGUAGGACGCCCAAUUGGCCCUGGGGGACCGGGACAGAACCCUAUGCAACACCCCCACAUGGCGACCAUGCGACAAAUUCAGCAAAAUAUGGCAAAACCGACGAAUCCAGAAGGGUUUUUACAUGUACUCCAACGGUUUUGGAUAUCGCGCGGCCACCCUCAAGUCAACCUAUCCCCUGUUGUCAGUGGACGGCCGCUCAAUCUGAUGCAGCUUUAUGCGACGGUCAUGAAGAUGGGUGGCUCUAAAAAGAUUACUGCGACGAACUCGUGGCCUAUUGUUGCUCAACAAUUACAGUUCCCCGCCAUGCAGUAUCCAACAGCAGUGCAGGAAAUCCGGGAACAUUACAUGAGGAUUCUGGCUCAAUAUGAGCAGGCGUGGUUAAGUUCUCAACAGAAGCAAUUCACAGAUCAAAUGCAUGGUAGUCCACAGCGAGAUCCAGUCGAGGGGCCUGUCGGCAUUAAUCCUCAAACUUCGCCAGUGAAGCCUAUGGGUAACCAUUCUUUCGACAUGUCCGUGUCCCAACAAUUCUCCCCCAGUUCCGCCCCGAACCAGCAAAUACAAAACCACGCACCUCCAAUACCAGUUAAUGGUUUCGCGACACCCUCACAAUCUAAGCCCCAGCAGAAGCAUAUUAAUCACCAACAACGGCCGAGUCUGUCUCGAGCACCAGAGUCAAUGUCACCUAACGGACGGGUUGCCCAGUUUUCGGCAUCCCCUAUUCAAGCGGAGAAAAAGCCGAUUCCCGUCGCAACAAAAACACAACCGGGCGUCGGUGUUGGCGAGGAGUCGGCGAGUACCUCCUGGCGACAACCGAUACAAGACCCGUUCAAACCUGCUGUAUUUCCUGAAAGCCAAUACCAUGGGCCUAUUAUUGUGGAUGAAAUGUUCCCAACUGGGCGAAGAAAAUUAUACGGUUGA